CACACACGCACACUCUCUCCCACACUCUCACCCACCCACACACACAGACAGGUGGGUCCUGCUAGGGUAUCAUGUUGCAUACCCACACAUUUACAAAAAGUGAACAUAAAAAAACCAAAGUACCGGUAGUACAAAUUAUUGUCUGUGCUAGAACUCCCACAGUUCAGUAAGAAUAAAAAUACAAAUGCAAAGUAGUUCAAAACAGCUAUUCCAGGGGGUGAGACUGGUGAGGUAGCUGAGGUGGGGUACAGUGGGUUAUUGUCCUGUGCUAGGCAACCACCAUCAAUUUGUAAAAGCAUUCAUAAUGACUUGGUAAUGUACAUUUUUCUGACAUGAAAAGGCAGAUCUUCUCUUAUAUUACCAGUUAUAGAGGUCAUUGGCAACAAAACAUGACUGUACUUUGGUCAGGUUAGUAAAUAUUGUUUUAUCACUUAGUAGGCCGACAUUUUCAUGAGAACAUCAAAUUUGUGAAUGACCUGCAUACAUUUUGAAAAUAAACUAUAAAAUGGCAUGCUUUACCUUUAAAAUGUCCAAUCUUUGACAGAAAUUUUAAAAAGUGAUGUGUGAUGGAGGAGGUGUUUCCUGCUAAUAAUACUUAUCUACAUCAGCACUUCCCUUCAUAACUGCAUUGAACUCGACUGGCCCCAAUUCAGAGCAGGCAGUUCAUCGAGACACUCAAGAGGAGGCAGAGGGGUGGCCAGUUGUAGCAGAGAAGUCACAGAGGAGGGCACUGUUAGGAGCUUUGAAGCAGAAGAUCCAAACCAGGCCAGGGGCAGCACAAGUCCAGCCAGGAAGAGACGCUAUGCUGCUCCAGUGCUGCUCUCUCCUGAUGGGGCUAUUGUGGAGCUCUGUGCCCACCUGGGCGGCACACUCGGGGCAAGGCACUCUUAAUAUAGAUGAGCAGUGUCCAAGCGAACAGCUGAAAACAAUGGCUGGAUUCAGCCUGUUUGUGGAGAACUCUACUGGACAGAUGAGUCAAAAAGUAGGCCUACUAUAUAUAGACACAGACAAACUGCAUAGAGACCACAAAACACACACAAGUGCACUUCAAGACCUUUACAACGGUCUUGGCCAGCCCAGUGCUCGAUUUUUGCUGCGUAUCUCUUGUGUGUUAGACUCUCAGAAGCUUAACUGUAGCUGGAACAACACAGACGUUCCUGCCAAUGCUGAGUAUACCAUCACUGGUCGAUUUUGCAGUAAGAAACAGGGCAGGAGAACAAAAAGCCGUGUCCUGUCGUCCUGGAACUGCACCUUGUAUGAGGAGGGGACACUGACAGGAUGUGAGGGCGCAGUGGAGUCUACUCCAGAAGAACUCUACGCAACAGUCAUACAGGUCAACGUAUCCAGCCAUGGCCUCUGGUACAUCCACACUGAACGCUUUGCCACAGACAACAUUGAAAAACUGGACCCCCCCAGGAAUAUCAACUGGUCUUUCACAGAGGGAAACCGUGACUUGCAGGUCCAGUGGGAUAGGGCCAUGUCCCGGAGCGUUACAAAAAUCAAAUGCGACGUCUAUCAGAUCAACAUAGAUGAGGCAAUGUCAGAAGUUAGAGGCGAGUUGAGUUACAUUAAGCAAGAAAUUGACCGCAACAGAAAAUAUAAAGUGCAGCUGAGGGCGAGUCGCCAUGAUGAUUGCAGGACGACUACAACAAGGCCUGCUUACUGGAGCGACUGGACGGAACCUAUCGAGGUGGGACCCGCCGAAGAGCCUGAGCCUAAAUACAGUUUAGCGAUGAUACUGGCCAUUGUCCUGGGCUUUCCCAUGGUCCUCCUUGUCUUCCUGCUCCUCUCCUGGAAGAUGCAGAGGGUUCUGUUUCCUCCCAUUCCAAGACCCAAUAAGCAUGUGAAACAACUUCUUGAGAAAGAUUUUGUCACUCAGCCAACAGCUGAUCAGCACGCUGAGGAGGUCCAGUUUGACCUUGUGAGUGAGGUGGAAAUGUGCAGUCAGUGAGACAUCAUGAUGUGUAUCUUGCCAUGGCUAUCUGAUGCGCAAGAGGAAAGCCAGAGGAACAUACAGUAGAACAGCCCUCACAAAUUAUAUUUGUGGUAACAUUGCACAAUUGCACACGCACAUUGGGUUUUUGAACCUGAAAAGAUUAGCAGUAGAGAUUAUUUUAGAAUAGAGUAGAAUAGUUAGAAUAGAAAGCUUCUAUUGGCAUUAUACAAGUGCAAUGAUAUAAAGCUUCACCAUAAAGUGCAUGCACAUAUAAGCAUGGAAACAUGUGUAUAAUAGAACGUAAUAUAAAACUACUGUCUACUAUACGUAAACUAAACAUAAAUAGCUUGUAAAUCCCAGGAGGAUCACAGGCACAUACAGUAGCAGUAACAGGCUAGAGAAUUAUCACUAUCAGCAUCAAGUGAUGGAGGUGACAUUGACAUUUUACUUUAUCCCCAAAGAAAGAUUGCAUUUGCUUGAGCGAUAACUGAUGAACCGCUACAUCAUAUAUCUGGUCUAGUUCCUUAGAACUUUGAGUGAUAAUGUGUGAACUGUGUGUGUGAAUCAUAUUCUGUAGAACUUGGAGGGAAGUGCUUGCAUAUCAUAUCAGACUCUGAGGUGUGGAAUCACUUAUCAGCAUACUGUAUAUGACAUUUCAUGCAAGAAUCCCCAGGGGCAGCCACAUGGUCUUGAUAUGUCUAUAUGUCAUGUACAGUAUGUAUUUAUAUACUUAUGUGUUUAUAUCUACUGUAUGUAUAUUUAAUUCUUUUGAAAAAUAAAGCAAUAAAUCGAUUAU